ACCUAUUUCCAUUGGUUCCACACAAAAUCCUUCAUGAAACCCCUUCUCUCUCUCUCUCUCUUCCUCUCAUGUUUUUGAGUAAAUUUGCAGAGAAAUGGAAGAUUUCAAUGGUUUAGGGUAUGGGGACACCUUCUCUUCACCCCAUGAUCAACAGCCAAUGUCCGGGGGGAGUAAGUACGGAGGUUUGGUGCCAAGGAAGAAGCCCUUGAUCUCAAAGGAUAAGGAAAGAGCGUUCUUUGAUUCAGCGGACUGGGCCUUAUGCAAGCAAGGGGCUGGUGGAGGGCAUCAUGAAACAAUGGCAAUGGUGGAGACUCUGCGACCCAAAUUACAGAGAACCCAACGCCAGCAGCUUCCUCCUCGGCGACCCGCUUGCACCUCGGGACAAGACAACCUUGUACCGAAAGGUAGGAGAAUAUCGAAGCCAUUAAAUUUAGAUUUCAAAUCCCAUUUCGUGUGAGAUCUCAUAUCGGUUGAAGAGGGGAUCAAAGCGUUUUUUAAAAGGGUGUGAAAACUUCUCCCUAGUUGACGCGUUUUAAAAUCAUGAGGUUGACAACGUUACAUAACGGGUUAAAGCAGACAAUAUCUGAUGAGUUUGAGCUGUUACAAAUGGUAUCAAAGAUAGACAUCAGAUGGUGUGCCAGUAAAGACGCUAGGCCCUCAAGGGAGGUGGAGAAGCCCAAAAAGGACAACAGUGGGCAGUGUGCCAACGAGGACACUGGGCAUCCAGGGAUGGAUUGUGAGAAGGGAACCAAAUAUUUCUUAUAAGGGCGUGAAAACCUCUUUCUAAUAAAUGUGUUUUAAAAUCUUGAGAGAAAAUCCGGGAUAGAAAACCCAAAGACAAUAAUAUCUACUAGUUAUGGACUUGAGCGGUUA